UUGCGAUUGCUACCUGCAUCCACUUUAUUACCAUGGCAACCAAAUAGUAAACAAACAAACUUCAUAAUAUUUUCAUCACUGAAUCUUACCUAAUUAUUUUCAAGAUGUUUAGAGGUGAUAAUCCACAUUCAUUAAGUUAUGAACAGCAAGCCAAAUUCAUUCAGGAUCGCAUUACUAAUGUGGAAAAAAACUUUGGAGAACUUUGUGUUGCUUUCGGUGAUUAUACUCGAAAAACAGCCAGAUUACGUGAUAUGGGAGAUGAACUAGUUAAAGUUCUUAAGGAUUACGCCAACAAUGAAAUCGUAAAUAAAUCUUUAAGCAACGGCUUAGAAAAUCUUUCAACUACAUUAACAGCUAUCGAAGAGUAUAGAAAUUGCGAAGUACAACGUCUAGAAGCUAAGGUGAUUGGAGAGCUGUGCCAAUACGAAACCAUUUGUAAACAUGCCAGGGAAGAGCUAAAGCAUACAAUGAACGUCCGCGAAAAGGAGCUUGCUCGCAAGAAAGUGCUAGACAAAGCUAGGGAGAGGCAGCCGUUUAACAGACAGCAAGUUACAUAUGCAGAAUCUGAACUUCUCAAGGCUUCUGCGGAAAUGUCUCGUACAGCUAAGGGUUUGAGUGAGCAGACUGAGUUCUUCGAGCGCCGGAAACUUCAGCAACUGAAGACACUACUGUCUGACUUUGUCAUGAUUGAAAUGACUUUCCACGCGAAGGCAGUGGAACUACUUACUGUUGCUUAUCAACAGAUCAGUGACAUCAAUGAUAAGGCUGACCUAGAGCGUUUGAAUACAGGUCUUUCAGAUAACGAGGAUCAAACGAACUUCAGACGAAAACUCCGCUCACCAGAGAAACAACCCAAUCCUGGAAUGUCAGUCAGAUCUUCGUCUCUCGCAUCACUCAUGAAUCCACACUCUCCCAAUGAUAAUGAUGACUCUGCGAAUGCACGAAAGGCGAAGUCACCUGAAAAGUAUGGUACUUCGGGGCUGGUUAGAACUGGGUCACUUGCAGCACUCAUGAAUAAUUCAGCUAACAAAGAGGAGGAGGAGGAGGAGACAUCGGAAUCUGAGGAAACCGAUGAAGAUUCUUCAGAGGAGACUGAAUCACGUUGAUUUUACUUUGUGUUCGUGUUUUAUUUGAUUACCUAGUAGAUUUAAUUUAAUUUAAGUUGCCUAUAUCAAGUAGGUAGGUACAUUAUUAUAACGAGACAAAAUAAUACACUAUCUGAUUAUUUCAUGA